UUAUGCGAUUUCUUUUGUUGGGGACAAAGGCAGUUUGUCCCAAACAAGCGGCUACAGUCCAUUGUUUUGCUAGUUUUCUGUUUUUUCUCGCUGUUAAGUGACUUCAAAGUUUAAUAAACGUUGACAGUGAUCUGUUUUAAUCCGACUUUAAGUGAAAAUAUGGUGCGUUGUAGUGUGAUUGGUUGUAAAAAUCGGCCGGAACGAAGAUUACCAAAUAUUACCUUUCACACGUUUCCAAAAGAAACAAGUACAUUAAACAGAUGGAUUCGAGCUACCGGAAGGAAGAACUGGUUACCAGGAAAAAGUCACAGAAUAUGUUCUAUACAUUUUGAGUCGCGUUAUUUUCGAAAAACGAAAAAAAAAACCUAUUUGAUGCCCAAUGCAAUUCCAACACUUUUUACAACAGAUAUUAUUGUUGAGCGACUGAGUACUGCCCAACAAUCAAAAAUCCAUGGACCAGGUCUUAAGGAUGUUGUUGAGCUACCUAAUACAAGCGAACAGCCGAAAACCCCUGAACCAAGUCUUGAGGAUAUUACUGAGCUACCUAGUACUAGCAAACAGUCGAAAGCCCCUGAACCAAGUUUUGAGGUGGAAACACCGAGAAAAAUCAAAUUAAGAAAAAAAUUAAUAAAUAAAGAACAUGUAGCCGAGCAAAGAAAAAAGAAAAUUGCAGUAUUGAGGACAAGAGCGUGGCGGUUAAAGAAAAAGAAUGCAGAACUGUGCAGCAUAUUAGAAGAUUUAAAAGCCCGAUCAUUGCACCCGUGCGAAGCCGGGGCGGGUCGCUAG